AAGCUUGCUACCCAAAAAAAAUUCUCAGUUUCAUUCUUAGGAACAGAAGAACCUAGCAGUUACAAGAGAAGAACAUAUCAAAAAAGAGAAUUCACAAUGAAGAGAUUCCAUACAUCGAUUUCAGCAGGAUUGAUUUUGUUACUUCUAGCUUUGUUUAGCAGCAAGAAGACUGUAGAGGGUCGUCAGAUGGCGGCAACUUCCACGGACUUGGCUUCUAGUGAAGCUAUGGGAGAGUUGCAGAUAAACAAGGAGAUGAAAGAGGAGUCUCUAAGAGGUGAAAAAGAUAGCUUCCAAAGAAUUCCAAGGAGUGGCUCAAGCCCUAUACAGAACAGGAACGGUCCAGUAACACAUGUAGGGGGAAGUAGAAAAAAGCAGAUCACAGCAAGAGAACCAUAGUAAUUUUUUUUUUUUUGAUAAUUUUUUGUUUGUAACAUAGAGUAUUUACACUUAUUACUGGGUUCUGUAAUGUAAGUGGAGC